GCAGCCGGGCGCCGCGCCGAGCACCUGGGCGGACCGGGCGGGCGCGGCUUCCGGGGCUGCGCGCUAGUCCGCCGAGCCCAGCCGCGCUCUCGCCUCCAGGUGCGGCGCGGGGUCUACCUGCUCGCCCCCUCGUCCUCCAGCUGGGGACAGCGCACCACGGGGACGAGCCGGCGCUGAGCUGCCCAAGUUCCGCGGCCGCGUGCGGGCGAGGCGAGUCCCCGGGGUGUGUUGGCCGCGGUACGGUCCCGGGUGCGAGAACGUCGCACUUCGGGGUGGGCCGGGUACUCGGGCUGCUCUAGAUUGUGCCGCUCGGGUUGCGCUUCCCUCGAGUGGGCGUCGGAAGAGAAACCAAAGGCGCCAUUCGGCCUCCACCUGCCUGAACCCAGCACUGUACCAGGGGACCUCUUGGAGUGCGGUUACCAGGCAGCUCUUUCACCUUUAGUGUGGGAAGCAGUUCUCAUGGGAGAAUCGGUGUCCAUCUAUUAAUUGAAGUUUGAGCACAUGAACAGAAAAUAACGUUCUAAAAACUUUUGUCAGAAGUGAUAGAGGAAAAAAACAACCCAUAAUAUACAUCCUUGUGUGUGUCUCAUUGAGCAGUUUUAAAAAUACUCAGAUAGUAAUGAAGCCACCAUUAUGUCCUCAGUCAGUGAAGUAAAUGUGGACAUCCGAGAUUUCCUGAUGAGCAUCAAUUUGGAGCAGUACCUCUUACAUUUCCAGGAAUUUGGUUUUUAUACUGUGAAGGACUGCACAUCAAUAAAUGACAACGUGCUACAUCAAAUUGGAAUAUCACCUACGGGACACCGUAGGAGGAUACUUAAACAGUUGCAAAUGAUCUUUUCAAAGAUGCAAGACUUUCCAAUAUAUGCAAAUGUUUAUAAGACAAAGAACGGCAGCACCCCAAAAGAGCAGCACAGUGCUCCGUCUUCCAGCAGCAACACCUGCAUAGAGUUUUCUGAUUCUGUUACUGUCCAUAGACCUGGCCCAGCACCAUCAGAGAUGGUUACAACCAAUGUCCUUAGUGAAGGAAACUGUCAUUCUUCUACAUCACAUGAUAAGCUAUCUCUUUCUUCGAGUGACCUUCCCUGUCCAGAAGAAGAGCUACACCAGAAUGUGGAUUCUUCGCAAGAUUAUUUAUUUGGUCGUGUAAAUGUUAAAAUAGAUUCCUUGAUUACCCAGCAGGCUGUGGAGCAUACAGCUGGAGAAGAACAAACAGAAAAAGUCAAUUUGGUGUCAGAAGAUUCCAGCAAGGCACUUAGCACAAACACUGAACGUCUUCCUUCUGUGGACCAUCCAGCAUCAGAGACACACUGUGGAAAUGGAGCUAACGGUGUAUUAGAAAGCUUCCCGCCAUCCCCCUUCUUCCAGUUUCAAGGAGAGAUGGUUGUGAAUGAACUGUAUGUUCCAUCCUCACCAAUCCACAGCCCCAUGAGAAGCCGGAGCAAGUUGGUGUCCAGACCUUCUCGAUCAUUUCUGCUGAGACAUCGCCCUGUACCAGAUAUCCCAGGGUCAACAAAAUCAAUUUCAGGGAGGUAAGCUUGGGAGAGAA